AUGCGUAUCAUGGGGAAUCUAAGAUGUCUCCCCAAUAAGAUGGAGGAGCUAAUGGUGCAAACCAGGCUAGAGAGGGAGUAUAAAGAGUGUACCAUCACAGAGACCGAGCUGAAUGAACUCGCUUGGGACUCACUGUAUAACGCUCCAUCUGCUACCACAGUCAUCCCAGCCAUUCUACAGGUUUUAACACCUACAGUCCCAGUGAGGUUGGGGGUCCCCAGACAGAGGAGGUGUAGUCGGUCAGUCAGGGGGGGUUUCUCCCACUCUCGUUCCCUCUCCCUGCACCCAGCUCAGCAUGCCCCAGCCCCUGUGCACCUCCACAGCUCUCCCAGCUCCACUACCAUGUGUAGAUGGACAGUGACACAAGGUGCACCGGUCGCCUGGUUCUCCUCCUGCCCCUGCUGCAGACCUCCUUCACUCCUACUCUCCCUCACCUUCCUCAUCCUGCUUCUGCUGCUCGGCCCGUCCUCGUCCUCACCCCUGUCCACUCUAUCAUCAGACUCUGAAAAGGACCACGAUGCGCCGGGAGGUACUCCUGCAAGCAUCUUCAUCUCACAUCUGCCACCUUCUCCAUCAUCAUCAUCAUCACCACCACCGCUGCACGCAUCCUCUGCGAGGUUGCCACGGGCGACCAAUGUGUCAUCGUCCUCCGCGACGGUCGUCGGGCGCCACGUGCGGAGCAGCUACAACCAUCUACAAGGAGAUGUGCGCAGGAGGAAACUGUUCUCCUACCAGAAAUUCUUCCUUCGCAUUGACAAGAAAGGAAAAGUUAACGGCACCAAAAGUGAGGACGAUCCAUACAGUAUUUUGGAGAUCAAGUCGGUGGAUGUGGGAGUGGUGGCCAUCAGGGGCCUCAGCAGUAACUACUACCUGGCAAUCAGCAAGAAAGGAGAGCUAUACGGAGCGACGGACUACGGUCUGGACUGUCGUCUAAUUGAACGCAUCGAGGAGAACAAGUACAACACCUACGCUUCAGCAGAGUGGCGCAACAAGAAGAAGCACAUGUUUGUGGGACUGAACGCCAACGGCAAGCCAAUGAGGGGGAAGAAGACACGGAGGAAAAACACAGCCACUCACUUCCUGCCCAUGGUGGUACAACCACGAUGAUUGGACAUAUCAGCCAUGGGAGAGCUCUGCAGACCUUCGUGGGGUAUCAGACUUUUAUUUUGGAGUUACGGCGAUGGCUACAUUGGACAGAUCUGAAUCAGAUCUGAAUGAUGCACUGAGGAGGAAAAGAAUGGAAACCUAUGGACAUUUUAUCUCUGUUGGAUAAAGACAUUUCUAUUUUUAAAAGAAAGAAAUAAGAUAUAUUGCUAUACAAUGUAUAUAUUAUUUUCAGUUUUAAGUUAUCAAGUACAUUGGCACAGUAGAAAUAUGAAAUGAAAUGACUUCUGUGCCAAAAUGUGUGAUUAGCAACUCACAUUUCUAGAUUUGUGUACAUGUGAAGCGAUUUGACUGGGAAGAAAAAUGAAAAUAUGUAAGAUAGGAAGAGACAAAAGAACAGAAGAGGAAGUACUGAUAUAAAGCUCAAAAGAAGAAGAAGAAGAAGAAGAAAAUGAAAAGGGACGAGUUAGUCAGGAAGCACCAACACAACAGCAAGUCUAACACUAUCAUGUUUAUUUUUCUUCAAAUUUAUUUAUUUUGUGUAAUAUUUAACAAAAACCAACAAAAACACAAAAAGGACACUUGUCUUUUUUACCAUUUAUGCUUCUCUUUUUGAAUACUAAUCAUU